UCGACCCUCCGCACACCCUCUCUCCUCUUUCACGUAACGCGUUUGCGAGGAUCGCACGGUGAGAGCGUAACCGGGUGGUGGAAAAGUGGUCGGAGCCAGAUAGAGCCACGCCCCGAUCGCGGACAAUACACGCCAACCGUCGGAGCACCCGAGGGUGUCUCUCUGUCCGCCACCGACGCGGCUGGCGCGGCUGCGAGCCACGGGGGUGGCUUUCGGUAUGCGCGACGAAAGCUGGGAAGGGUAGGAAGGAAACGCGCAUCGCGUCCACGCGGCACCGCGCUAACCACCACUACGACUAGUUCUCGGAUAUCCUUUAUCGGAGAGAUGUCACUUUGCGUCCGCGACGCGCGACGCUAGGCGCGAUCGGUCACGCCUCGUCGCGACUAUGACGGCUUAACGACCAAGUGGAUAAAGUGCGCUCGGCCCGUCCGCUCCCGGUGAGUCCGCGAGAACGGCUCCAACGUCAUCAGCCUCGAAAUCGGAUUUGCGCGUUGAUUUUUUUCUCAUUCACGACUCUCUCUCUAGUCUCAAUGUUGAGCGCUCACGAGACGUCGGUCAUCCACAGAGGAGGAGCGUUAUACUCUUACGGGACGAAAUAACGCGGAUUCGUCCCGUCUCUCCGAGAAUAAGCGACAACGAUCGGAAAGCGGAGCGUCAAGUCCGAUUGACGAGUCUCGUAAUUUAUCUCGCGAUGCGAGCGGAAAUGUAACGCUGCUGGAGGACGAGGGUAGAAUAUCCUUUCGCGACAAUUUUCCAACUAAAGAGAGAGAGAGAGAGAGAGAGAAAGAGAUACGUUACGUAUCAUUGUCGUCAAGCGUACUCGCAUACACAUAUCGGCAUACGUGUACGUAACAUGGUAGAGAGCACUUAUGCGAGCGACUCGCCGAGAUCACGUUCGCCCAUGACGGAACCGUCGAGUCCGCUGCACGAUGGUCCCGGUAUAUCCGGCUACAGUCACAGCUAUCUGUACAGUUACUCACCGCCUGACACGCAAAAUCACGUCACGGCGAGACGCAGUAACGAGACGACCGAUGCCAUCACGCACGAUCGAACGUUCGCCAAGAGCCCGAUCGGCUCGGAGGAGACGCCGCGACAUCGAAGCCGCGAACCGGUCUCCUCGCGACCCGGCGGCUCCUCCGCUACCAUGUCGUCCCCCACUUCGCUCUUCACCAUCGACAGCAUCCUGGCGCCGAGGCCGAUCGGCAAUGUCGUCACCCCGACGAGCACCACCACCGUCGCCGCUUCCGUGAUCCAGACGCCGGAAACGAUCGAAUCGGCCGCCGGCCGCACCACCACCACCACGGCGAUGCAUCCGUUGCAGCAGCAGCUACAUCACUUGGCGUUCACUUCGGCGGAUUUCCUCGCCGCGGCAUAUCCAGGAUUGUACCCUGGAGGAUACGUGGCGGCGAUGGCUGCCGCUGGCGUUUCCCUACACGGACAGCCGGCUUUCUAUCACGCCGGUCAUCCUUACCAAAUCAAUCCGAACAAUCCGGGAAUGGGACCGAUGGCGAAAAGAAAACGUCGCCAUCGGACGAUAUUCACGGAAGAGCAACUGGAACAAUUGGAGGCCACCUUCGAUAAGACGCAUUACCCCGACGUGCUGCUGCGAGAACAAUUAGCUCUACAGGUGGACCUUAAGGAGGAAAGGAUCGAGGUAUGGUUCAAAAAUCGUCGCGCCAAGUGGCGGAAGCAGAAGCGCGAGGAGCAGGACCGUCUACGGAAGCUGCAAUUGGAGCAACGUCAGCGCACCGAUGAGAGCGGCGCCGCGGCGACGGUGAUGGUGGGUGAUCGUUUGAGUCUGAGCAGGCAACAACAGCAGAAGCUCGAACAAGACACGGAUAGUUCCGAUCUCGAGGUAGCGUAGUGUGGCCAAACGACCAGACGAGAUGAAACGACAAAGUAUUCUCCAUCGAUCAAAGACGAACCGUUGCUUUCGCGUUCUUAUCCACGAAUGGAGCAUGUACAUACGCAAUUGCGUUGUAAAUAUCAUUGUAAAUAUGAGUAACGAUAAAUGUGUACAAUACCGAAAUAAAUUAUUGCAUCGAAGCGCAAAGCAUCGACAC